CAAACCUUCGCCGCCUCACAAAACAAAAGGCACGAGAAAGACAGAGAGAGAGAGAGAGAUGGCAAUGCAAUUUCUAGUGAGACACAAGGAAGCAGAGUUGAUUGUUCCUGCAAAAACUACCCCCGAAGAAAUAAGACCACUUUCUGAUAUAGACGAUCAAAAGGGCCACAGAUUUCAUUUACCCAUGAUUAUGUUUUAUAGCUAUAAUCAGUGCAUGGACGAAAAGAACCCUGUUGGGGUGAUUAGGAAUGCACUAGCUAAAGCACUUGUUUAUUACUAUCCCUAUGCCGGCAGGCUCAUUGAAGGGCCUUCAGAUAAGAUUCUUGUCAACUGUACAGCUGAAGGAGUGGUGUUUAGGGAAGCCAUUGCAGAGGUUAGGCUCGAUCAACUUCGUGACUUCAUGCAGCCACCAUUUCCUUACUCAAAGGAGUUCUUAAUAGAUGCUUCUGGCUCUACAGCGAUCUUGGACAGUCCGUUGAUGUUGAUUCAGGUGACCCGCUUGAGCUGUGGUGGACUUGUCCUCGCUAUUCGCAUAAACCAUACAAUUAGUGAUGCAAUUGGCUUUGUCCAGUUUCUGAAUGCAGUAAGCCAAAUAUCCAAAGAUCCAUCGUCAGCACCUUCUCCAUUACCUGUGUGGCAAAGAUGGCUCUUAAGUGCCAGAAAUCCACCAUACGUCACAUGUGUGCAUAAUGAGUUCGAGGUGGAGAAAAACAGUAAUAGCUGCACUGAGCCUACAACAUUCGACUCCCCUCUCAACCUUGUACGCAAAGGCUUCUUUUUUGGAGCACAAGAGAUAAAAGCCAUCAAGAAAUAUCUUCCACCAAACAUUCCUUAUGCGUCAAAAUUUGAUUUGGUAACUGCAUUUGUAUGGAGAUCAAGAACAAUAGCCUUAGAAUUGGAUCCUGAAGAAAUCGUUACUCUUACCUAUGCAGUUAAUGUUCGUGAUAAAAAUAAACCAAAGUUGCCUAGUGGUUAUUAUGGCAAUGGAUUCGUCUCUCCUGCUGCAGUCUCAAAGGUCAACCAAUUGUGCAACAAUUCAUUUGUCUAUGCAUUAGAGCUAGUGAAGAAAGCAAAACAUGAAGUUACUGAGGGCUUCAUCAAAUCGGCCAUUGACUAUAGUGUUUUGCAUGGAAAACCAGGGUAUUCUACGUUGUUGAAGGAUUGGAUUGUUUCGGAUGCAUCAAGAGCUGGAAUUGACGACGUAGAUUUUGGCUGGGGAAAGCCAAUUUAUGGUGGAACCAUGGAUGGAGGGCCAACUUUUAAUAUGACAGUUUAUUCGCAAUUUCGAAAUAACCAAGGGGAUGAUGGUUUGGUGGUGCCAGUGUGCUUGCCUGUUGCAGCCAUGGAGAAUUUUCAGAAGGAGAUGGAGAAAAUGAUCAAGGGGCCAAUGGACGAGUGCAACAAAUUUUGGCAUCCUAGGAUUAUAUCUAUGCUUUAAAGCAA